CGACCGCGAAGUGAAGCAGAAUUCCCUUAGUGCAAUAAGUGAUUAGAUCAAACUCUUGCCUGACCUGUCGCGGUGCAUUCAUGGACUUUUAAGAUACGGAUUUGCGGAUCAGACUUAGUGUUGACCGGGUCGCCCAGCCCCACCCCCCAUCCCCGGAAGCAGUGUCCUUGCGAUUCAAAGGAAAAGAACAGGAGCGAGAGCCUCCUCGCAAUAGUGCCCCCAAGGGCCCGGCGCCACUGCAGCCUCGGACGCCCGCGAUGGUGGUGAAGUAAGCGUGAUGCCGACGCCGCCAGCGCGACGCCGCGUGCACCCGGCGGUGGCUGUCCGUCGGGCGCAGAGCGAGCGCCGAUACCUCAGCCCCUGGCAGGCGGGGGCGGCUCCCCCCCUGUUGCACGUGCCCCCCGGCAGCGGGUGGGCGCGCUUUGAGCACCACCAUGCCACCCGCACCGCCUACAUCCCGCCCCUGCACCCACGCCUCUGCCACUCACAGGGCGUGGGCCGCCCCAAGGUGGUGAUGGGCGUGCGCGAGGUGUGGACGGGCACCGUCAGCUACCACCCAUGUGCCUCAAUGUCGCGGGCGCAGCUGCCGCCCCUCGCCCUCGGCUCGCCGCCCGCCGUGGCCGCCCCGCACACCCUCCUGCCGCCGCCCAUCACGCUCGAGGACAGGUUGGCGCAGGACAGGCUCACGGCCUUCCUCGCCGCCGAGUCGCUGCCGGAGGCAUCUAUCGUCGCCCCGCGCUUCCAAACCUCGUCAGCUGCCCAGUGGGUCUCGGGUGCCCUAGACACCCCGGGGCCACUUCCUUCAAGGCGGCUUCCCACGCCUUGCCGCUUCCUCUUAGAAUCCUCAAGACUCCCUGCUGAGCGACCUAUACCCCUCCGACAGCUGUUUGUCAUUAGGUUUCUUUAG